UAAAGGGGUAUCCGGUGAAGGAGGGGAAAACCCACCAAACGGCUAUUAUUGACGUUACCAGGUUGAGAGAAACACAGAGAGACAGAGAAACCCGGAGAGAGAGAGAGAGAGAGAUAGACAGACAGGGCCUCAAACGUUCGUGGCUUUGUCUGUUUUUCUACCCAUUUGCCUUAUUGUCUCUGCAAUUUGUCUCCUUGGUUUCAUGUUCUUCGGGUUCAUCUGUUCUUCCCUGUCAUCUUUAGUUUGAAGGGCUUCGUAGGAGAAGCAGAGAGGAGAGGAACAGAACACAAUUGUUCGCGCGCUCUUUGUGGUCAGCAGGAAACUCACUCAGCAUUGAGUAUGUCAAGGGUCGGGCGUGUUUUGCGGGCGUUGGACUUCAAGACUUGCAUAUUUUUCUUUGUUGUCAUCCCACUAGGCAUCUUUGGGAUCUAUUUACAUGGGCAGAAGAUCACAUACUUUCUGAGACCACUUUGGGAAUCUCCUCCAAAGCCCUUCGGUCAAAUUCCUCACUAUUAUCAUGAGAACGUAUCGAUGGAGAAUCUUUGCAGACUUCAUGGAUGGGGAGUUCGUGAAUCACCAAGACGAGUCUUUGAUGCUGUUUUGUUCAACAAUGAAGUCGAUAUGCUUACUAUUCGUUGGAAGGAAUUGUACCCAUAUGUGACAGAGUAUAUACUCCUGGAAUCAAACUCAACCUUCACUGGAUUGCCCAAGCCAUUGUUUUUCUCAAUCAAUAGGGACAAGUUCGAGUUUGUUGAGUCCAGACUGACAUAUGGGGUUAUUGGAGGGAGAUUCAAGAAAGGAGAAAACCCUUUCAUUGAAGAAGCAUAUCAAAGAGUUGCACUAGACCAGCUUCUGAGAAUUGCAGGUAUAGAAGAUGAUGAUCUUCUGAUAAUGUCUGAUGUUGAUGAGAUUCCUAGUGCUCAUACCAUUAAUCUCUUGAGGUGGUGUGAUGAUAUCCCCCAAGUUCUUCAUCUUCAAUUGAGGAACUACUUGUAUUCUUUCGAGUUCUUCUUGGACAAUGAAAGUUGGAGAGCAUCAGUUCACAGAUAUCAGACGGGCAAGACAAGGUAUGCUCACUAUAGGCAAUCUGAUGUCCUCUUAUCAGAUGCUGGUUGGCAUUGUAGCUUUUGUUUCCGCCAUAUCAGUGAGUUCAUAUUUAAGAUGAAAGCUUACAGCCACACCGACCGGGUGAGGUUCGCGCACUACCUGAAUCCUAGCCGGAUACAGGACGUGAUUUGCAAAGGGGCAGACCUAUUUGAUAUGCUUCCUGAGGAGUACACAUUCAAGGAGAUCAUUGGGAAGUUGGGGCCUAUACCUCAUUCUUAUUCAGCAGUGCACCUUCCUGCAUUUUUACUGAAUAAUGCAGAGAAAUACGAGUAUUUGUUGCCUGGAAACUGCAGGAGAGAAAGUGGCUGAGUUUGAAAACUCGAAAUGUGGCUGCAAAUCAGUGCCCUUUACGCCAGAAAGGAACUCCAUUGAAUGAUUCAGGGCCGUGAUGAGGUCAAGCACAAGGAAACUUGUAUACCAAGGAACUCUACUUCAUUGUUUAGCUCUGGAAUUUUGGGAAUAUGACAGGAAGCGUAUCUAAUUUCAAAAACUGGGGUUACAAAAUCUAAGCCAUGUAAAGAUGGAAUCUGAGCUGUAUAGCUCUUGCCUCUUUUUUGCAGUCCUUCUGUUUUGUACCUUGUCUUUGGGUAUAUUAUAAACCCUAAUUUGGUUAAUUGCAGCAUGGCAAUUCCCAAGCUUUUCUGGUGGGACUUGUUUCUUCUUAUUGUUAUCUUUGCCCCAUAUUU